AUGGUGAAAGCUCUGAAAGGCGUUCUCGUCCAAUGCGACCCAUCUAUCAAAGCAAUCCUCCUCAAAAUCGACGCCGACAGUGGCAAUGAGUACAUCAUCGAAGACCUUGACGAAGAGACGCUCUUCGUCAAAGAGAGCAAGGUGGCUUCUCUGAAAGAGAAGUUGAAAGUAACUCUGAGGGAGACUGUGAGGGAGAACACGGACUCGGAUUCCGAGUGA